AUGGUGGGGUGGUCCUCCUGCGUGCUGCUUCUCCUCACCCACGCAGCGCAAACCGAGUGUUACAAGCUCCACCCCCACCAGAGCCUGAGCUCAAGCAAGGCCUCCCUGGGGGAGAGCCAAACGGAGAGGCACGAAAUAAAGUCAAAAGCGUUGAAAAAGUUAUUCGAGCGAAAGAUAAUCCACUACGUUAGUGAUGUGAAAGCUGUAGAUGCGAUGUUGCAUUCUAACGAGACGGAACCGAAGAGGGAAAAGAGGAAAGCAGUCUACCUAGGAAUUGACGUAAACUGUAAGUACCUUCACUUGGGGAACCUCGUGCAGCUAAUCACACUAGACAUUUUGCGCAACCAUAAGACGGACGUAGUGGUGUUGCUAGGCGGGAGCACCACGAUGAUUGGAGACCCCUCCUUUCAACAGGCAGAUCGGAAGAGGCCCUUCCACGAGGAGAUCCGCGAGAAUGAGGAGAGCAUACGAAGUACCAUUGUGAGGCUGCUUCUCCGGGGGGGUACACCAAACAUGAGCACUUCCCCAUUAGGGGAUUUUUCAAUCGAUGAGCCAAACAAAGGGUCUCUCACCAUCGUAAACAAUAGAGAAUGGUACGAUCAAAUGGAUCUCGUAGACUUCCUAACGCACGGGCAGCAUUUCUCCCUCCACAGAAUUUUAAAAAAAGAUUGUUUCAAGGCCAAAUUGAAAGGCAACAAUUUAACGCUGAAGGAUUUGAAUUACCUAAUUUUGCAAUCCUACGAUUUUGUGCAUUUAUAUAAAAGGUACAGGUGCUGCAUUCAGAUCGGGGGGUCGGACCAAUGGGGGAACAUCCAGUCGGGCAUAGAGCUCUGCCAGCACCUGUGUAAUGAGCAGUUAUAUGGGUUGACCACCAAUUUGCUGCUCCAUAGGAACGACACCAAAUAUAGCAAAUCUCUGUUUGAGCAGAAUAGGAAAAUGCCCAUUUGGAUAGACAGGGACUACACCCCCCCCUUUCUCUUUUGGAACUUUCUACGCAAUGUCGAUGACCAGCAGGUGGAUUCCUACCUUUGCAUGCUCACCGGGUUGGAGGUCCAAGGGGGGGACCCCCCGAGUGAGCCCACUCCAUCCCCCUCAGAGGGAGCAGAAGCUACGGGCGAUGCCCACAUCAACAGGAAGAAGGAAAAACUGGCCGACGCCGUCACCGCAUUCAUUUACGGCGAAGAAACCGUGCGGACCAUUCACACGCUGAGUAGGCUUCUAAAGGAGGACCGCUUCGCAGUGGUUGACCGGGUCGACCAGCUGAAGGUGUUCCCCUUCAUCCUAAUCCGCAGGAGCGACUUACACAACAAGCAAAUUAGCAUUGUGCAUAUUCUGCGGAGGUUCCAUGUGGCAGCAACUAAUAAAGAGGCCAAGGAGAAGUUGGCUCAGCGGUGCAUUUACCUCAACAGAAGGCUCGUGGAGGACGCCAAGUACCGCUUAAGCUUGGCCUCCUCCUUUGUGAGGGCCAAGGACGGGAGCUACUACGCCGUUCUGGGCCUGGGCCGGAAGACCUACUACUCGGUGAUCGUGCAGUGA